GAUUGUUUGGAUCAUAUAUAUAUACACAUUUCUUUUACAAAUUGUUUGAUAUUUGCACAAAAAGCAAAAAUACAGCAUAUUUCUUAUUAUAAUCAUAAGCUUUAUCUGUACAAAAUUAGAUAUUUCCACCACAUAGAUGUGUUCUAAUUAUAUAAGUGCGUUGAAGUGAAUAUUUCAGAUAUUGUUGCUCAUCGAGUGAUGCUUUACUAUAUAAUAUCCAGACCUCCAUGUGACACAUCAACAUGCAUCAAAGGAGUUGAUGGAGCGUUACAUUGUGGCCCAAAGUACAUUGGAUAAAACCUUUUAGAGAUAAAAGAGUUUUAGUUCCAUCAGGUUGUUUUUUUACUUAAGUAAAAUAAGUCCUUGAUCCCCACAUAAUAGAUUUAUAACCUCACAUUGCUCUCGGGACGACGCGGCACCUGCCAAGAAAUGUUCCACAAGCACGGCUUUGAUAACAUGUAGCAGCCAUUAGAGGAUAAUGAACAGCUCACGUCGUUCCUUUACUGAAGUUUUGGGAUGUUCAAGUAUGAGCCUUGGCUUUAUCUCUCGGGGAUACGCGGCUCCUAAACACCACGGAGACCUUGACCGUCUCCAAAAACAAGAGCGCAGCUGUGAGAGUGGCGAUGGGAGUGACUGCUCUUUGAAGGGAAUCGGAUCCCUGGGAGCAGGACUUUGUUCUCCGGUCCUCCCCCGAGAGCAAAGACGAAGUACCCGUCCGUGCCGGAGGACGGCGUAUCGUUCAGCGCCGUCGUCACAUUGUUAACGCAACGGAAAGCCGCGGGAGCGGCGCUAACCCGGAUGUUAGCGACGCACUUUUUAGCUCGACAAAAAGCCCACAGGAUUUUUUUUGUUUGAUUGUUCUGUAAAAUAAUCCCCAUGGCAAACAUUAUACUACACGUUCUGUCCGGCAAGAUUACAAAUUUAAAACUUUUAUGAUUUUUGGUAAAAAGCUAAACCGUUAGCCUACAAACAAGGUUCUCCGCGAGCGGGAGUUUACUCCACGAGGCCGUGAAGGUGGACGUGUCGGCGGGCUUUUUCACGUAGCUUGUGUGCAUCUGCGUUUUUAGAGUCCACAUGAGAGAUAUUUAGUGAUGUAUUCCAAAUUGUUGGAAAAUGAUUCAGUGGUUAACACACCAUUAGUUAUGUCCGACAUCUAAUAACUGAAAACUCAUCAAGACAACGGAACGGGGUUGGUCGCUGUUUCUUGUCUGGGCAGACCGCUAUGAGCCGUACUGAAACUGAACGCGAUGGUGGACAAAGGUCGGUUAGCGCUGGACGUGGCCAAGCAUUAUCGCCUUUGCUUCAGAACAGAGCUGUUUAUGACUCCUACCUCCCUUCCUAUGUGUCUACAUCACCUCCACUUGUCUCAGUCUACAGACGGAGAAGUCCACGCGUUAUCUCACUUUAACCUGCUUUCUGUAGGUGGAAAACAAGCACUUUUCUGUGCAGAAAACAAAUUACAGAAUCCAGACUGAAUCCAGUCUCAUCAAGGACACCUUCCUCCUUCUUUGGCAGUGAGAAGGGAAGGUGGGAGGAUAAGACUCCCUUCCUGAUGAUGAUGCUUGACCCGUUCAAAACAAGCGACUGAGAAAGGUCUGACCACACAGGCAGACGCACGGACGGUGAAGCAUGUUGUGCUUCUUCCACUGUGGAGCCUUGAUGCUCUGCAGCACGAUGCUCUGCGUGGCCCUGCCGGCCCCGCACGGACGCCAGCUGACCCCGGCCCGCGACCCCACAGCGACAGACCACACAUUCCCAUCACCAGAGGCCCCGUCGGCCCCCGCGGGCUCUCGCCGCGGCCCUCGCGAUGCCCCGUGCUUGGCGGACGACACGUACGCGGCGCUGCGCGAGGCCGCCGGGGGCGACGGGGAACUCGCCAACCGCAGCCGGAGUCAGUUUGGAAUCUGCGGCGUCUCCGAUGGCUCGGCGGGCUCGGCCUUGUUGCAGCUGGCGAAGGAAACGGGCGGAGACCCGGGACGCGGUUUGGAGGUGCUGCACCCGACUGGAGUGCUCGUCUCGGAGGAAGACGAGAGAGGAGCGCUGGUGUUGACCUUUGACCUCCCGCCGUCUCCUCUGCUCAGACGGCGCCCUGCGCUGCUCCUGGCGUUGGAAGGCCCCCCCACCGGGGGAAACCUGGACGUCACCUGCACAAGUCGGUCGCUGCAGCCUCACGCUCAGACCGCGUGCAUCUCUGGAGAAACGUGGUACAUAACGCUGACGGGAAAAGCAUCGGAGGACGACGUUCCCCAGAAAUGGAGGAUUUCUGUUGAGGCCAAAUCCCCCGAUAUGAACCGAAGCCUAAAAGAGAUCCUGACGGGUGGGAGAUCGGGAAGUAACAUCAGCGUGGUUCCGCUUCUGCUUUUCUCCGGGAAACGAGGAACCGAUACAAGAUAUCAUCAGAAUUCCUCCCCGGCUUCCUCACAGACCUCCUUCCUCUGUGAGCUGAAGCGCUUCCUGGGUGACGUCCUGCCUCAGGACCUCCGCGAGUCCUCGCCCCUCCAGCUGGACUCCUUAAAGUCCCUGCCCCCCCUGACGCUGGGCCCGUCCUCCAGCGACACCCUGCUGGCGGGUCUCAUCAACUCCUCGUCCAUCACCGUCUUCUCCUUCAGAAGCCGGGCCUCCGGGUUUCAGGUGCACAGCGGGGAAUUGGCCUUUUCCCCCGAGCUGCUGGAGGAGCUCAGGCGGAGGCUGGAGGCGGAGGUUGUGAAGAUAACGGCGGUGAUGCGGGAGGAGCAAGUGGGCCGGGGAGCCACAGAGAGGCUGGGGAGGCUCAGGGAGCUCAGUGCGCUUCCGAUGAUGGAGCCGGCACCAGGGGGGAGACAGUACCGGGCCUUUCUUCUGCUGAAGGCCCUGCAGACGGCGGCCCGCGCCUACGAGGCGCAGAGGGGACAGCGGGCCACCAGAGCCGGCCCCGACAUCACCGCGAGGGCCAACAAAUGCGGGCUGAAGAGCCUCAGCGUGACCCUGGACAGGCGCCUGGACAUCCCCAACAUCAUCAACAUCAACAACUGCCACGGCUCGUGUGCCUACCCCCUGGCCGACGCCACGAACCACGCCGUCCUGCUCAACUACCACGUGGAGGUGGACAACGCGGAGGAGCGGGCGCCGUGCUGCGUGCCCGUGGCCUACGAAGCCCUGCAGAUGGUGGAGGUGAAGGACCACGGCACUGAAAUCUCCCUCAAGCCAGACAUGGUGGCCAAAGAGUGUGAAUGCCGCUGAAACGGCUUCUCCUCGGGAGCGUGAUGUUGACUGAAGUGUAAUGCAAUCGUUACGGGCAUUUAUUCAUUCACACGGUAUUAAUAUAUAUAUAUAUAUAUAUAUAUAUAUAUAUAUAUAUAUUUUUUUAAUAUUAUUUGCAGUAUUCCCACAAUUCCCACAAAAAGUUGAAUCAAACCAAAAAAGUAAAUAUUAGUAUUAUCACUUUUUUCUGUCAUAUUUUACUUGUAUUACUAAACUGAAUAAGUGGUCGUUCAUAAGGCCUGAAUUAUUGUUGAUAACUUGGUGAGAAGAUUGUGUCGCGAUGUGGCAGAAAGGGACCUUUCUAAAUUUGUGAUGCCAAAAAGGUAGAUUUGAUUAAAUAAUUUGAUUAAUAAAAUUAAAUAAAUGUGAUAAAUGGCAGAGAAAUGAAAUGUUGUUUUCUAAAACACAAAAAUGAAAUAUGUAACAUUCUGUCUAUUAUUAAAUGAAAAGUAUAUGAAAGGCUGUUUGUUCUCUUUUAUUCCGUAACCUGUUGUCUUGUGACAGUUGAUGACAUGUAUAUGUAUGUUGAUACAAAUCAUACUUUAGGUUUGGGCUUCAGAAUCGCUCUGUUGCCAAUCGGCUUUUUUCUUCUUCUUAUCGCUCCGACUUCUUCGGAUCCCCACCACCACGAGAAUUUGUCCCAUAUGGAAAUCUG